AUGCCAAUAUACAAACACCACAUCGCCCUCCUAGGCGGCGGAACAAUAGGCCUCUCAAUGACAGCCCUCCAUCUCCGCCGCCCAGACACCCGCGUAACAAUCUAUGAUCCCCGUCCCGACUUCGAAUCCCAAGUCCGAAGCACACUCCCCGCCUUCAUUCACCCCAACGAGAACGGAAACGAAACAGAUAAAGAGAAAGAAACCAUAGUCGAUGCUCUUCUCUCAACAACCCAACUCACAAUCGCAAAAACAAUCCAAGAAGCCGUCCAAAACGCGACCAUUAUCCAGGAACAAUCACCCGAACAAACGGCCUCCAAACAGGCUCUUUGGAAGGAGGUUGCACGGUACACCAGUCGGGAUGCACACCUGUGGAGUAGUUCAUCAGGCAUCGCAGCGUCUGCCCAGGGGGCACUUUGUUCUCCCGAUGUUGUGGAGCGGUUGCUCGUUGCACAUCCGUUUAACCCACCACAUGUGAUGCCGCUUGUGGAGAUAGUACCUGGACCAGGGACGAAUCCUGAGAGGGUAGAGUUUGUUAAGAGUUAUUUUGCUGGGGUUCCGGGUCCAUCUUUGGUUCCUGGGUCAGAGGCAGGGCCAGGGUCAGGGUCUGCGUCGCAGCAGGAGCAAUACUACAGACCUAUUGUGCUUCAUAAGGAGAUUGCUGGGUUUGUGGGGAAUAGGCUUGCGUUUGCACUUCUGCGGGAAGCUUGUUAUCUUGUUGGGGAAGGGGUCGUUUCGGUGAAAGAUUUGGAUGCGCUUAUUAUGGCGAGUUUGGGGCCGAGGUGGGCGGGGAGUGGGGUGUUUGAAAGUUAUCAUGCUGGGGGUGGGGAGGGGGGGAUUGCGGCUUUCUUGCAGAAGUUGGCGCCGACUAUGAAGGAUGUUUGGGGGGGCUUGGGACAGGUUGAUAUCUCGGUGGGGAAAGAGGAUGCUACGGAGACUGAGUGGAGGGAGGCUGUUGUGAGACAAGCUGAGGAGGCCUAUGGGCCUUCUGUGACGCCGGAAGAGCGUCAGAAGAAGGAGGUGAUGCUGAAGGGGGUAAUUGAGAUGCAGAAUAAAUUCCUAUGA